UUUUUAAAAAAAUCACUAUUUAAUACUGUUUCUUGCAGAUGAUUGCUUGAAACAGUACUUGUGCAGAAAAGUUAAUGGGUAUUUGCCAAAAUCUUCUCUGUAUAUCUGUCGUUUUCCUUUGCUGUUGGAUCAAUUUCUUUGUGUCAAAGUACCCCUUUUAAAGAACCAGUAGAAUCCUUUAAAACUGAAAAAUCAGUUAACUUUGCAGACUAGAGGAGGAUGUUGAAGAGCUUUGUGUCUUUCAUUUUCUUUACUAACCAUGCACCUGUUUUCCAGAUAUCUGAGAGUUAUGUCUGUGAAACAGUGGUAUUCUUUUCCUAGACAUUAUAGUAGAAAGGAAUUGUGUCAUUUGUGUACCGUCUGUGUCACUUCCCAGUGGGGCAUAAUUAGCAAAGAGAUUUUAAAUUUUGGUAGCUCAACCUUUAGGUUGCUUCCCUUGUGGGCCUCCAACUGUGGGGAUGUGCCUCUUUCUUAAGGACUCCUGCAGGAAGGAUAAAUCCUUGGGAAUUUGACCCUUUGACAUGGAGUAGAUGGCCUUCCUGACUCUUUCAUGCCAGGCCCUUCAUGUGCAGUUACCAUUAUUAGCUGCUUCUGCUUGUCAAGGAAUGAGUUUUCCUUAGAUAAGCCUGGUCAGGGAGAUGAUGGUGUUUCCAAUAUGAGACCAGAGUUGGAAUAGGCCAUAAUGGGGAUAGGACCAGGCUAUACCAUUUUGAUUCUUCAGUGGUUACUGUUAUAACUUCUCAUAGUGAAAGUAAGUAACACUUAUUUUUUUCUUUUCCUUCCUUAGAAGACAAAAAACACUAAUGCAUUUGAGAAAGUGGUAAAGUUUGGGGGGAGGGAAAAAAACUGCUUUCCUGAUCUGCAACUUGGCUGGAUGCUAAGAUGUCUGUGGACAUGAAUAGCCAGGGGUCUGACAGCAAUGAAGAGGACUAUGACCCAAAUUGUGAGGAGGAAGAAGAGGAUGAGGACCCUGGGGACAUAGAGGACUAUUACGUGGGAGUAGCCAGCGAUGUGGAGCAGCAGGGGGCCGACGCCUUUGAUCCUGAGGAGUACCAGUUCACCUGUUUGACCUACAAGGAGUCCGAGGGUGCCCUCAAUGAGCACAUGACCAGCUUAGCCUCUGUCCUAAAGGCCGUUGAUGCUCACUGCCAUCAGCUGCAUCCUCCCUAUGGCACUGAUUGUAGAAAAUGACAGAAGAUUUUUGCCUGCAACCUUGGGGAAAUACUGAAGACCAGCAGCAAAGUCCUUUCCGACAUGCAUGUAGCUAAGGUGUUCCUGAAAUAAAGAACUGGAAACCACUCGAGGGUGUUGAGAUUAUAAAUGCAACGGCAAAACAAAGCCAGACUGGAUUGGCAACGCAGAACAGUGUUCAGGGUAAAUGACAACAGAGGGUGAUCCCACAGUUUUUUCAAGCUGGAAGGCAAGCUCCCCAGAGGCUCCUGACCCAUUGUUGGUCAGGUUUGAUGGUAUAGAGAAAGAGGAGAAAAAGGCAGGGAAGAUAGGCUGCUCUUGGCUUCUGCUCUUACCACAUUUUUUACUCUGGACCACCAGAGACUUAAGGGCAUCCUUCAGUCUUUGAUGAACUUUAUACCACUAUUUGUCCUCUCUUCCCCACCUUGAUCAGUCACAUUCCCUUCCCCAGCUCCCAGGAAAAAUAAGAGAGGAGUUUUUUACCUUUGGGGCUUCUGUUCACACUGACCAAGGCUUAAGCACAACUGUGAUGCCUCAAAGACAGGCCUGAGAGCUGUGCUUUGUGGAAUGGCAACAUUUAAGGAGUAGAACAUCCAUGGGAACACUAAGAAGGCUUGAUCUGGGAGGUUGAAAGAGAGCCACAGAGUGUUAUAAAGUUAUUGCAUUACAGACCUGUGUGGAAGUUAUAUCUGCUUAUGCUGAAAUUCACAUUGUAUGAUCAAUUAACCUUUGGUCAAAACUAUGUUAAAACUCUGGAGGGGAAUUUUUUAUUUUGAGGAGUAAAUAAAGGUCAAAGUGAUUAUUUGAUAUAGUAGCAUAAAGGUCAGCCUUUUGUUUAUUGUGACAUUUGUUCAUGCAAGUUACUACAAUUGUGUUAGAAGUACCUCCUGACUUCUAUUAUGAAAAAUUAAAACAGAAGUUUAAGGAAUUGUACAGUGGACAUCCAUACACCUACUGUCAAGAUUAUACAUUUGCUAACCUUUGGCUACAUUUGCUUUGUUAUGUAUCUAGGCAUCAACCAAUUUUAUUUUUAUACAGAUUUGUUGAAAUAUUAUUUACAUGACAUUAAAUUCACCCAUUUUAAAGUGUACGUUAAAUGAAUUUUAGUAAGUUUAUGCAGCUAUGUAACCAUCACCACAAUCUGAGUUAUAGAACAUUUUCAUCAUCUGGAAAGUUCCCUUGUGUUCGUUAGUCCCCAGUCACAGCCCCAGGCAACUAGGAAUCAUCUUUCUUUCCAUAUGGUUUUACCUUUUCUAGAAACUUCAUAUAAAUGGAAUUGUACAAUAUGUAGUCUUUUGUGUCUGGCUUUUUUCACUGAGCACAAUGUUUUUGAGGUUCGUCCAUGUCGUAUUACAUGUCAGUAGUGCUUUCCUUUUUAUUGCUGAAUGAUUUUCCAUUGUAUGGAUAUAUUACAUUUUGUUUAUCCAUUCAUUCAUCAGUUGAUGGACAUUGGGUUGUUUCCAGUUUGGGCUAUUAUGAAAUAUGCUGCCAUGACCAUUCAUGUCCAGGGCUUUAAAUGGACGUAUGUUUUCAUUUCUCUUGGAUAGAUAUCUAGGAGUGGGAUUGCUAGGUUGUAUGGUAAGUGUGUGUUUAAUGUUUUAAGAAACUGCCAAACUGUUUUCCAAGGUGAAUGCUAUUUUAGAUUCCUGCCAGCAUUAUAUAAGGGUUCCAGUUUCUCCACGUCUUUGCUAGCACUUGGUAUUGAUAGUCUUUUGGAUUAUAUUCAUUCUAGUGAGUAUGAAGUGGUAUCUUGCGGUUUUAAUUUGCAUUUCCCUUAUGACUGAUGAUGUUGAGGAUCUUUUCUUUUGCAUAUUUAUUGUUCAUACCUUUUUCAGGUGAAGGGUUCAAAUCUUUUGCCCAUUUUUAAAAAUUGGGUUAUUUGUCCUAUUGAGUUG